AUGAAGAGCCUAAAAGUGAUUUCAGAUACGGCAGCCACAUUCUCCAAGUUUCUAAAACUGCGAAAUGUCAAAUUCAUUCAAAACGGCAUGCCUCGCUCUUGGGACUACAUUUCUAGUAAAGACUCGGUCACUGCCUUAGUUUUUGAUAAAAAGAAUCAGGAAUUUGUUUGCGUGCAACAAUUUCGUCCUGCAAUGUUUUUUGGUGCUAGUGAAAUGUCGAAGGAAACGAUCAAGAAUCCGAAUAUGGGGUACUGCUAUGAGCUGUGCGCAGGUUUGCUGGACAGACCGAAUCGAUCCAAAGAACAAGCGGUUUGCGAUGAGAUACAGGAGGAACUGGGAUAUGUGGUUAAGCCAGAGGACUUAGAAUUCGUCGGGAGGACUCCUGGCGCUGUUGGAAUGUCGGGUUCCCGCAUGUACAUGUACUACGUGGAAGUCACUCCGGAUCAGAAGAAGUUUCAAGGCGGUGGUUUGAAAGAGGAAGGGGAGCAAAUUUCCGAAUACCGCGUCCCUCUUUCCGAAAUGGAUGCUUUUCUCGCCGACUAUGAACAAGAAAAAUCGGCUUCAAUUAUGAUGGGAAUGUACUGGUGGCGUCAUUUACGAGGAAAAAACUAUCCUGUGGGCAAAUUUACAAAAUGGCAUGUUUGUUAG